CAUUUCGGGCGAGGGAAUUUGUGUUAACAAAACGAUGCUUUCGAUCGACGAUAGUGACGAGAUACGCGAGAAUGAGCUGAUGCUGGAAGAGGAAGACGAUAUUGAGCUUACGAAGGAGCUGGAUUUCGGUCAAACAUCUCCACCGCUGUUCGGUGAUUCACCGAUGAAAACGUUUCUUGUGGAGGGCAAAUCUGCGACCGGCGUAUCUAACGCUCCGCCAACUUUGUGUGCGACUACGGAAGUAGCCACGGCUCAACUGAGUAUCGUAGGUGAUUUUUAUGCGCCGUCGUUGCUGGAAGCGUCCCAAAGUGUUUCGCAAUGGAUUAGUGCCGGGUUUUCGCCGAAAACGGCAGGUGAAGCUUCUGAGCCGGCCGCGAAAUGCAGCGAACGCGAUUGUCAAGCACAACGCCAAUCCAUAGCCUGUGCGAUCGAAGAGCUGACCACGAUGACGAGUGAGAUGCAGCAAUUCAUCCAAGCAUUCGAGGCAAAACAUUCGAUAAAUAAAAACUAG